AUGGAACAAAAAUGCUCUGACUUAAGUUCAACAACCGACAUAUCAAGGAAAAAUAGACCUUCUCGCGUUGCAAAAUCUCGUCUUCCACUUUUUCAAAAAUUUUCUUUUACGGUUGGACACUUUCUCAACGAUGCUGUUUUUGGAGCAUGGAUAUCCUAUUUGAUAAUUUUCGAAACAAAAGUUAUUGGUUUGUCCAACAGAACUGCUGGCUUUCUGUGGAUCAUCCCCGGCACUGUGGACGCUGUGUUAUGUUUGGGUGUAGGUUACAUCUGCGACAACUACAAGUUCCCUCUUCUUUCAAGAUAUUACGGUAAACGUAAGAGCUUUCACUUACUCGGGACUGUUCUAGUGGCGGGAUUAUUUCCAUUUCUCAUGAUGCCGUGUUUUGUCUGCGGGGAGGAUUCAUCCGAGCAGACUAUGGGCAUUUACUAUGGUUCGAUCAUGAUUGUACACAACAUUGGCUGGGCUUUAUCUCAAGUCACUCAUCUGGCGCUAAUACCUGAGAUUGCUAAAAGACCCAGUGAAAUGGUGGAACUACACGGCUUAAGGUAGGAAAAUAUUGUCGAUUUUCCUUUCAACUGGCAUCCUUUUCAGGAGCAGUCAGAAAUGGAUUGUACACAUAUUUGCCGGUAAUUUGAUUAGGUAACAGAAUGUACCCAAAUCUCACAACAUCCAUUACGACAUGAACCAAUUGUAUAGCGUAUCGCAAAAUUUAGAGCUAAAGAAAGACCUUGUUUAUCCUUUCCUUUCCUUAUUUCGGCGAAUUCUGAUCAGAUAUUGAGUGAAAAGCGACUGAUUUUUCGACCGCAAAAGAGACUUUUAAACAUUUUCACUUUGCAUUACAUAAAGUAACAAACUAUAUCCUAUGUCAGCAAAGCCGGCCUUUUUUGGGGAUAAAAUUACAAACAAACAAAAAUUAAAUGAGAGACUAUUUUGGUCGUUGCUAUAAAACUUGAUUUAAUCACGUUUACCCAGUACAUACGCAAUAGUCUCGUGUAUUACUCAGAUGAUCGCGUGCUUGAAACCCACAUGGGGUUUGUUUACUUUUUGUUUUUAAGGAAUUCACGCAAUUGAUUUUUUUUCCAACUGCUCCUUGGGGUUGAAACGAUCAUGAAUAUUUCCACCCGGGAAAUGACUGGCUGGUUUUACAAAACGAAUUUUCGAGCAGAGGUGUUUUUCGUGUACCGGGAAACCACAAAUACGACACAGGAAAUUAUAUAAACUUGGGCAGUUGAGGAUUUACUUGAUGCUCAUAACCUGUUUGUGUGAUAGCCUCAUUGAAAAGUGAGGAGAUUUUGUUUAUUGAUCACUCUCCUGGAGGUCAGUGAGUUAAGACCACUUAAUGGAAUUCUUGGAGAGUAUAGUGCACCCCCACUCAUUUAUUUACAAAUCAAACUUUAUUUUUCGCGGGAAAUCCGGCCAAUGUUUUUACAGUAUUUUAAUGACCUUCAUGAAUGUUCCACAGACCUCACGUAUUGCAAAUCAAUUCGUGGAAUGUUGACACCUAUACCGUGUUGUGAUGCCGCUACGUCAUUUGCGGGCUUUCCAGUAGACUUUUAAACCUGUUUGAAAACGGAUGCAACCUCCGCGACGAUAAACAACUUACACAGCUGGUAAAUUGAUUUGAUAAUAAACCAAACAUUAGCUGCCGCCCCUCUACCCCAUCCGAAAAAAUUAUGUCGGGUAGGGUAGACGCUGUUGUUGAGCUAUCCGGUAUGCCUCCUUCAUAUCAUGCUGCCAGUUUUGGACGUAAGUGUUAUAAUCUCCCUCUGCACUCUCUUGAUUCAAAUUGAAAAUCAGGUCGAUGGGCAGGCGGGGUGUUCUUCCAAACAACAAGUAAUACGGAGCGUAUCCUGUCGCCUCAUGCUUAGUGCAAUUGUACGCGUGGAUCAUCUUGUUGAGUGAUUCAUCCCACUUUCGUUUCUUCAAAUCUGGGAGUGUUCGCAGCAUAGACAAUAGCGUGCGGUUCAUCCUCUCCACUUGCCCAUUCCCUUGAGGGUGGUAGGGGCUGGUGCGAGACUUGGAAACGCCAGACAACUUAUGUAGUUGAUGGAAGAGAUUGUUCUCAAAUUCUCCUCCUUGAUCACUGUGUAUACGGGCUGGGAAUCCGAAUCGUGGUACAAAGUCAUUGUAAAUCUUUUCAGCCACCGUUCGUGCUGUCUUGUUUCAGGUUGGGUAGGCCUGUGCAAACCUUGUGAAGUGAUCUCAACCUCCUUCACUCUUGACUCUUUGAGUCUUUAGAGUGACAAACAUCUUAUUUCUCCUCACACAAUAACAUCCAAGUCAAGCACUAAGGUCGUGAGAAUACAGGAAAUGAUCGUCAACUGAGGAAGCUCUUGAUUAAUUGUUGAAAAAAUUAUCCUCCUCUUUGAAGCAUUGUUUUGAUCAAAAGCAUCAAUCCUUAAGGGGUUAACCGAAAAAAGAGACAUAACAAUUACCUGUCGUGCAUAAAAAUGGACAAAUGAUAAUCCUUAGUCCUUAAAAGAGUUAACCGUAUUUUUUUUUAAACUGUAAGUGAGAGAUCAGCCGUGAACCGUAAAAAAUGGUCAAAUUUUAACCGUUUGCCGUAAAAGCCAUUACCCUUGGAGACCCUCAUAGAACCUUUUAGUGAAUCGCGCUCAAUAUUAAACCAUAAAUUGUCAAUUUCUCUUUUUGGUUUCUUUCAGAUCCGGUUUUACAUUUCUCAGCGGCAUCUUCGUGUAUGCCAUCACUUGGAUCGUCCUCAAAACCGAUGGCGGAGAUGAGAAAAUUUCUUUUAGUCAGUGGAAAGACUUUAUGGUGGGGUCUUAGUUAAGAAAUUAAGUCACAUUUUUCCCUUGUUAAAAAAACAUGUGUACUUGUUUACAUAAAUAAUAAAUUAAUAAAUAAUAUGAAUUCCUUGCUUUAUUCUCAAAGAUCAUUUUAGAGACAAUAGAAACCGGAGCAUUUCUAAAACUAAAAAAAAAUAAAAUAAAUUUGCCGGUGAUGUAGAAUCCAAACUCACCAUAGAUCCUUUUUAUUUCAGGAAAUAUCGGUGAUUGUGGUAGGGACAGGUUGUUUUUUCUCGUUAAUUUUUCACUUGGGAACCAAAGAACCUCCCACCCCUGUGGAAAACAAAAAAGGUAAUUCAACGGAAAAAGAAAGUUGGUCCAUUACUCUGUCACGCAAAUGUUGCGUGACAGAGAGCAGCAUUUGCGUGACAGAGAGCAACAUUUGCAUGACAAAGAGCUGAUGUUUUAUCAUUAAUUCACAUGUUUCUAAUUAAGGCAUGAUCCAGUUCUUCUUUGAUUUUUCAUCCGAUCCCAAUGCGAUUUCGGGUUUUCGUUUUUGUGAACAGAACUUGUUCUUGGGUUGUUAGCUGUUGAUGAAUAGGGAAUAAUCAAAGAAAAAUCUCAGUUCCAGAUUAGCAAAAAAAAAAAGAAGAAUAUUUGACGCACAAUGCUCUAGUGUACUGAAAAGUACAUCGGUGAGAAUCCUCUAGAAUCCUUUCUUUCCGAAAGAUAAAACUUCCAUCAAGUAAAAUUCAAAAUUAAUACGUGAUGUCUUUUAACGCAUUCCAGGUCCUUUCGGCAGCCUCACGGGUGGGGAGAGACGGAGAAUUCUAAGCGCCACACUGCCUCUCCCUGAUAAAACAGUUGGGGUGUUUUGUAUGUACAAAGAAAAAGAUCUCGAUCAAGCUCCUGAGGAGAAUUGGGUACACACUGAGGCCACACCCAAGGAACUCAAACAAGAGGAAUAUGAAGAUAAUAAAGAUCUUCAAACUAUCCAGGAAAAGGGUAGUGAAUCGCACGCAAAAAGCGACAUUGAAUGGAGCGUGACUGAUUUGAGGAAAGGCUUGAAUGGUAACGAAUUUAGCUUUGCAAAUCCGGCUUUUUGUACCGACGAGAAGCUAGAUUUUGAUCGUGAAAAAAUUGCUAGAGAUUCUAGUGAGAAUUGUGACCUUCAAACGCAAGAAAAACAUAGGAUAACAAACGAAUUUAGUUUCUCAAAUCCUGCCUUUAAAAGCCAGGAUAAACAAAGUGACAAUGGUGUAACAAGUUCGCUAGAAACAGAUCAAGUGAACAGCGAGGACGGAAAUGAGGUGCAGGUGAUGGCUGAACGUCAGAGUAACACAUCUGAUUGCAGCGACGCCAGCGAAGGAUACGCUUCAUCGCCUGAAAAUUAUUAUCCUGUUGACUGUUUCGAAAGUUCCCAUACCAAAUCAAACCUCGAGACAGAAAAACUCGACUUUGCCAAACAGGAUGAUAUUGCAAUGGAAUCCAGCUCUUUCUACGUUGGACACAGGUCCCUCUCGUCUUAUAGCAGCCGCGGAGGCUUGCUCUCCAAGACGACUGAUGCGAGUUUCAGUGGAGACAGUUUUAUAAUAGAGAUAUUGAAUGAUCAGGGAACGAAGAGUAGUAAAACUAACAAGAGCUGGUCUUAUUGGUUUAAAACUCCACUGUUCUAUAAGGUAAUUUUGGGAAGUGUUUUCAAUCGAUAAGAAUGUAUUAGGCUGCGGAGAGCUUGGCUCGAAAAAUUCACGUCUAAUUGGAUAAACGUUGGUGGUAACUUAUCUCAAAUAACAGGAGGGGUCUGCCCGAAAACAUUUAAUAAACAACCUUGAUCGCAUCAAAAAAUAUUCUCGCUUUUUCUUUUUUUACAGAUCUCUUUUGCCUUCAUGUGUGCGCGCCUCGUUCAAGUAGUCAGCUCUUCGUACGUUCCACUUUAUUUGACGGAAACCCUCGGAUUUGAAAAGGUAAUCGCUACUUUCUUAUUCCUCGACUUUAUUGUCACAGUAAAAUAAGAAAAGAUGGAAGGAGGAGGAAAGGAUGAUAGAUGGGGCUUUGUUAAAUUGUGGUUAGGAAUAAGACAUGAGUUGUGAUGGAUGCGGAGGUAGAGUUCAGGGGUGUUGGGAGAAGGACGUUUUGGGGGAAAGUUAUCCUCUUACCCAGACCUCUCACGGCCAAACUUGAUAUUUUAGUUACACGGAUCCGGGUACGAAACUAAGUGAGAGGAAUGUACAAUUUGGACCGAGACAUAAUAGGGAGUGAUGGAUACGAAGUGAAGGGUGAGGGGAAAGGCCUUGGGGAGUAUUAUGAGCUGUGAGAAAGAGGCAGUCCGCUAUGCCAUUACAUCCAUCUUCGUUUUAAUUCCUCUAAGAUCUACAGAAUGAUUAAAAAUAUGACUAUAUUUUUUUCUCUUGAAGGAAUCCAUCGCUUAUUUCCCUCUAGUGAUCUUACUCAGCAGUGUAAUUUCGAGCUUAGCCGCGAAGAAACUCGACAAAAUUCUUGGAGAAAAAGUGAGUGGUAAUGACAUCAAAACAAGUAGGUUAUUAACCUAAAGCUUGGGAGCCUAGAGCUUUGCAUUGGAUUGUAGUAGAUUGCCUCGCUAAUUUGCAUACUCAACCACUCCUCUUAACAGUGGACAUACUGCUUUGCCGCCUCUCUGGUGGUAGGAUCCUCAGCUUGGUUUUACCUUCAAGACGAAUCGGGAAAGAACGCGGCCUACUGCGCUGCGAUCCUUGUAGGAUGCGGUAGUUCUGUGAUGUACGUGACGUCAUUGGCUCUGGCUGGUAAGCUGGUUGGAGACAAUAAAGAGUCCGGUGCGUUCGUCUUUGCGUCGAUGAGCAUUUUAGCCAAGGUGGCUUGUGGGACUUCUAUUUUAGUCAUUCAGGAAUUGUUUCCUACUGGCAGGUGAGUGAUGCACGCAUGUGCACCUCUGACGAAGGGCUGACGCUCGAAAUGUCAGCUUAAGAAAUUCUUUACGGUGACCAAUUUACAUUAUCAACUCAGUAAAUAAACUAAGUUAUUCCUCCCACUGACGCGGCAGCAAUGUUUCUAAUAUUUAUUUGUUUGUUAAUUUAUCCGCUCAUUCAAUCCAAUUGUAAAAAAAAAAUGCGAAGUGAAAGUGAUAGUGACCAACCGUUAGGAUUCUUUAAAUAAUUGAUGAGAGUUUACAAAGUCCUACAGGUGUUCAUUCUCCAGGCCGCUCGAGUUUAGGAUCUAGAUUCACGUGCCACGCAACACUUAACACAACAUCAAACGCUGAACGCGUAACCCUUACUACUUAACGCUUCACGCUUUACACGUGAGCACGUAACACGGAAUUAAGUAACACGUACCAUAUAACUUUUUUAAUGAGUAUUGACGUAACACGUUCUUGACGUAUCUCGGCAGAGCCACCGCUGAGUAUGUCCGAUACGCGUUUUCUGUGGUACCAGGCGCUGCGUCAUUACUGGGUUUCUUAGCUGUGGUUGCUUUCCUUCCGGCCACCAUGAAGUGUAAGAAAGUAGGUAAGUCAAGUAAAUAGCACACGAUUGGAAGAGAUUGGAGUAUAUGAGUAGCCAUAAGUUGCAGGCAGAGUCACUGUCUGGUAUUCCUGGCCAAAACACGUAACUCUCACAGUAUUUAUCUCCACUCAAGAGUAUAAUUGGGUAGCGACGAAUUGUCAGGGAGGCCUAAUGAAGCGCUGGGGGUAGCCUGGCGGUGAACUGGCAUCCUGUCAGGGAGGGAGUUAAGAUACUUCUGGUCACUUAAUGCUGUAGAAAUCACGAUAAACUCCAGGUGCAUGGGCCACCACUGCUCGAGUACAGUUACAAUGGACUACUACAAAAGAAAACGAUAGGACUUCCUGUUACUGUAAACAACAUUUAGUCGUCACCACAACAUGCUUGAAUAAGAGUCCAGGUGUUUCUUCAUAUAAAUUUCUUCAGACUCGGCUGCUUUCUAUCCCCUCUUGACCCAGUAAGAGCUCUUACUAAUACUACCAACCAAAGAACAGUUGUCGGCACACCAGGUCUUUUUUUGUUGUCAUGGAUAACUACUUUUUCGUGGCAUCCCGUAGGAGAUUAAUACUGCUUGCUGUGGUUCACCACGUCCUCUACAUUUCCUGAAAGUCCUGAAAAGUCUUCCUUCCAAAAACAUCACCCGAUGUACCUAUUUUGCACCAAUUUCUUUAUCUCCAGAGAUGGGAUAAUUCCGUUACACUUUUAGUAAUAUUUUGAAUGCACCUUACUCCUUCUAGUUCACACCGCCGACUGUUCAGUUCAGACAGAAGACAUUACAAAAAUCUCUCUUACUUACGAAAACCGCGCUGUAACGGAUGAUGUUGAUGGGGACCACAAAGAGAACGAAUUUGUUACAGAUGACGGCGAUAAAGCAGCUCGUGCUGUCUGUUAAGAGGCAGAGGAUGAAGGAAAAUGAGAAGUUAGAAGGGAAAGAAAUGAUAGCUCUUGCAAAAUUUAAUAAAAAGCGUCUGCGUCUCCCUGGUUCUUAACUUUGAACUCAUAUUAGUAUAAAGCAAGGUUCAAUAGCCUUUCUAAGUUGGAAGUAAUUUUACUCUCUAAUUUAGUCUUGCUCAGUCCUUGCUAUACUAAAACACUUUUUCCAGGUCAGCUCUUGAAGGCUUAGAAGGAAUAUAACGGUAUACUCCAAAUAAAUCGCUGUUAUCUAAAUAGGC